CCUAGGAAAUUGGUGAGCCCUGUAUAAAAGGCUAUAAUUCAGUAGUCAGAGUCAACUUAAAAAUGGAGACAAAUUAGUUAAUUUUAAAUUUCCGAUGGAAAAGUAAUAGUCCCGAGUGCAUGGUAUAUGUAAAUAAUGUAAUAAAAUGGGACCCUUGGCAUGACAUCGUCAUGGCAUGAAUAAGAGGUGUGAUAUAACAUGAUAUAACUUCUUAUAUUGAGCCCCAUCCUGGUGUUAAGUGGGAUUAUCACGGUGGAACAGGAGUAAUGAUUUAAACGAACCCGAUCAUUUAAGUUGCCGGCGUAGAUGCUUUAUUACUGGUGCCACAUUAUUUGCCCCAAACCAUAAAGCAGUCUAGGUUGUGCUAUAAAUAAAGAUAUUCCACCCAUUAAUCAGAUAGCCAGAAGGAGCUAUAAUUAUCCCAUUCUGCUCCUUCCAUUUUACACAUCAUUUAACUGGUAGGUUUUCAAGUUGCUAUUUUUUAAUACCUCCACUUCGUUCGCUGUAGUAUCCAGGAAAAUGAAAGUGCAAUAUCACAAAUACCGAGUUGCGUUUCAUUAAUUGUUUAUUUAUUUCAUUUUAAUUACAGCUUUAUUUCAUUGUAUUUUCAUUCUGUGAGCUUACUUCAUAUUAUGUUUUACUAUCAUGUUGACUGUUAUAACACAUAUACAACUAAAUGAAGCUAACAUAAAUUUGAGAUUAUACCUUACUUAAAUCGAUACAAUGGACAUUAUCCGGUGAUUUUUUUGUAUUGUUUUCUUACUAUAUCAUGAAUAUUAUUAUAGAUUACACUUCGAUUUAUAAAUAAUUGACAGCAACAUGGUUUUUUAUUUUAGUACAAUUGAUGGAUUUUAUCGAUUUAUUUUUUUUACACAUUAGCAUAAUUCUAUACCGUUUCUAGCUAACUCGAGGAUCGUAAACGUUUAAGAAAAAAAAGAAUGAAAAAUGCUACAGUUAAAGCCCGUGCCUAUUUCCCCAUUAUAGUCCAGUUUUGCGACAUUUCACAGAAUGUUGGGAGUUGUAUUAAUUUUUAUUUGCUAUCCUCUAAGAGUUGUCUUUGAAUGCGCAACACCUUGCAAGGGCGUUGCAUUAUCUCCUUAAAAUUACUGACGCACGUUCUAACAUUUUGUGUCGCCUGGACAAUUAGUAUGACUUAUGUGUAGCACGUUAGUUCAAAGAAGGAGUUUUCUUCCUCCUAAUAACACAACAAAUGAGGUGUGAAGCGGAGAAAGUGGGUGUAAAACGGAGUCAGUUUUUCUUUGCAAGUGAUGAAGUAGGAGUUAUGCAUUCCUAAUGACAGAGACUCGAUGGCCCACAAAGGAGGAUUAGAUCAACAAAUAUUCGGAUAGAAAAGGGCACUUCUACAUCUUCGAUUUUGUUGACGAGUGUUGUUGUCCGUUAUUCAGGCUCUUAAUUCAACAGUAAUUCUGCGGGCCUUUGUAUGCUGUCAGAAAUAGAAGCAGAUAAGGGGAACGGGGACAAAACAUCGAUGGAUUGGGUUCAGGAUAAUAUCGGGUUGAAGGUUUUGUUUUGUGAGGAGGCAAAAGAAUCAGACAGCGUACUUUCUCGUCUUGGGUAUUAUGCUUGGCCACUGUAGCGAGCUCUGGACAGUAAGUUAUCGAUCAGUGAUGCUCAACUUAAAUUCUCGCUCAACAGAUCAGUCAGUCAGUGGAGAAAGUUCGACUGACCAUGCUAUUACGAAGAGCGCACGACGUACGCGUUGUGCCUUCAACCUGUGUAGAUGUUUGCCUAUCGUCAUUUAGUGAGGAGAGUUGAUGGUGUCAUAUUUUACCGACUCCCUCUCGGAGGCUAUAUCAAUUUCUCUCAGUGGCCAAACUGCCCUGCAUUCAGCAACAGGAAUAGCGGAUUUCUUAAAUGAAAUUGCAACUAUGAGACAAGAUGUGAGCAGGGAGAGACAGUUUUGAUAUGAAAUACAAACUGUUAUGGCUUCUGACGGCAUGAUAGGCGAACCCACUUCUGCGGUCGUUACACCUAUGUAUGGUAGCGACACUUACCAACCAAACACGGAAACAUUAUCUUGGGAAUAUUGGACAAACUCAAGUGGAAAUGAAACCGAAUCCAAUGGAGUGCACAUCAUAUUCGGACCCUUGGCUGCUGUAGGCAUAAUUACUAUAUAUUCCAUAAUCAUAAUUGGAACUAUCCUGGGCAAUCUGCUCGUUUUAACAUCGGUGUGUCUUGAGAAGAAGCUGCGGAGCCCCCCAAAUAUCUUGAUCAUUAAUCUCGCCGUGGCCGAUAUCCUCGUCGCCGUCCUUGUCAUGCCUCUUGCAGCAUCUUAUGACCUCAGUGGACAAUGGAUAUUUAGCCAAGCUCUCUGUGAUAUGUUUAUAUGUUUUGAUGUGACAUGCUGCACAGCGUCUAUCGUUGAUCUCUGCGUAAUUUCUGUUGACCGUUACCUUGCCAUCUCAAGACCAUUUCGUUACGCCAGGCAUCGAACCACCAGACUGAUGCUCGGUCUAGUGGCCGGUGUAUGGACGAUCAGUGCUUUCGUCUCCUUCUCGCCUCUUCUAAUAUUUCAAAAUGAACACACUGCAAAACACUGUUUACUCUCGCAAGAUCCUAUUUACACAAUUUAUUCAACCUUAACUGCAUUCUAUGUCCCGUUGUUGAUAAUGGUUGUGGUAUACUAUAAAAUAUAUCGUGCAGCAGGAGAGAUAGAAAGAAGGGAACUCCAGAGGCGGCCAAGCACACCCGCGUUAUUACCCAGAGGGUCGGUUAGAUCAGGUAGCAUUUCCAGCGAAGGCGACUCCUCCUCGGAUCCUUCAAAGGAACUUCGCCGGAAAUCCUCCAUCGUCCGCUUCACAGAAUACAUCCGCAGUGCGUCGAGGAACUCCCUCGCGUCUGUCCAAGGCGGGAAGAAUAAAAUCUCGGUGAAGUUGGAACGAAAAGCCUCGAAAACUCUGGGUAUCAUCAUGGGUGCGUUUGUCAUCUGCUGGCUACCGUUCUUCAUUCUUGCCAUCGCGCGUGUGUUCUGCGAUUGUGUCAUCCCACAAGCCUUGCACGGCACCCUUGUGUGGCUUGGAUACGUGAACUGCAUGCUCAAUCCCAUCAUCUAUCCUUUCUUUAACAAGGAUUUCGGGCCAGCGUAUCGUAAAAUGCUUUCUUACUGCUGUUGCAGACUUUGUCCCGGUCCGCGUCGGAAUUAUACAGCAAAUAAUCGCAGGUUUGCACCUGUACGGCGGCAAUCGUUUGUCACCCACCCAGCGAUUCCCCCAGAGCUUCACGUCAUUGCCGAAGACAGUCAUGACGAGGAGCCGCAGGAAAAUGGAAACAAAAGUCGAAUGAAUUGUAGAAAAGACAUGGAUGGAAUCAAGUACAAUUCAGUGCACCUUGACAAAUUGAAUGGCAACAGCAAAGAUAAAGACAACCUUAAUGAAAUCACUGCAACACAUGUAUAAUAUGCCUCUGCGUAUAUACCCCAUUUACGGAAUAUCGAUAAGUUGCAUUCGAGAGAUUGGGGAUGAUAUUACGUUUCAUAACCAUUUACAAGGACAUAUCUCUUGGCCAGAAGGACAUACUCUAAUAUUGGAUUCCUCUCUCCGUCCAUUUUUAUUCCAGGUCUGUGGUGAUGUAAACAAACUUAUCAACACGACUCAAAUAUCAAGUGGCGUAUUAAAAUGAAGCAAGGCCUCUGGCUUCGGAAAUACUAGUGUUCAAUUGUAUAGGCUUGUCUGUUAAACGAGAAGGUCAAUUUACAAUUGUUAGACAAAGUAAACAAGACUUAAGGGCAGUGCUUUGCUGCCGAGUAUAUUACAACAAAAGUGAAGAAAAACGUGUCAUAGACAUUUAUAAUCUUAUCAUUACAUCUUUAAAUAGUUAAACAAUGGCAUGUGGCCCAAAUACUACUUAAUAAUGUGCGAUUAUACUUCCAUUGAUUGUUCAACAUAGCGGCACUUAAGUGACACGACCUCGUUGGUAGUAUACAACUGAUUAUUCUCUUUAAUUUACUGAUCUAGACCGCUUUGGCAUAUUUCCAUCGUGACCGAAGAUGUAUCCAGUUCAAUUGGAGUAGGUCUUGUCGACGAGGUAUAUCAAAAUGAGCAAUCAGCACGGGAAUCUAGCAGUAAACCUUUAACGGGAGUUUUAAUCCGGGGUUUUUACGCUUUACUCGAUGUAUUCAUUAGAAACGUCAAAGAAAUGUAAUUACUUGAUUUUCAGGAUAUUUAUUUACAUUUCAGUGACUACUUCAAUAUUCAUUAUUUUGGCGCCGCUCAAGAUCUGGAUUAGGCUAUGUCGUCUUACCUUCACAAUUGACGACAUACAAAAUGUUGAUAUGUCUUUUUAAUUAAGGUAAAAGCUUUAGUCGGUCUAGAGUAUGUUUCGGCGGUGUGGUAUGAUGUUCUGCCAUGGUCCAUGGUUCUGCUAAAACUUCGCAUGCCCUUAAAUAUUUGGCCUUCUCUCAUGUAAAUGAGAAAGCCCUACCUUUAUGAAAAUAGUAUGAUAUUGUAUGACAUGAAUAAACACAGAUGAAAGGUGCUAAACAUGUGGCGAAAAUACGCAAAACCCUCGCCUACCACAUGUAUCUGUAUUUUUUUUUACGUAUUUUGUUUUUCCUGAAAGAAGAAACGCUUAUGAAUAGAAGGGGGGUUGAGUUAAGAGGCUGCUGUACAAUGUAUGCACAAUUGAGAAUUUUCUAUUCGUUUGACAUUUUGGCCAUGGUCUAUUUCUUUGCAAAAUGUUCAUUCCCAAAGAUAUGUGGCGAAUAAGUAUUUAUCGAUUAUUAUUCUCAAUUUCUCAGAAAGAUAUGACUGAAUAUAAGUGACAUAAAGUCAAGACUUGUGCUACAAUUAGCUAUUCUGAGUUUAGAAUACGAAGAGAUGAUCUUAAAAUCUCUACUGAAGAGAGAGAAGUGUGUCUAAAUUUGGAAAGCAGAAAUUUUCAUGAUUAUGUUGAAUUGCUGAAGUUUACCUCAUUAGUUAUCGCUGUAAAUCGAGAACGUUUUUAAUUUUCCAAAUGUUUAUGUCUUUCACAAAAUUACACUAGUAUUCUUUGCUCAACAAUUGUGUUUUUUAUAUAAUUGUUCUUGGAAUAUGAUAUUCGUGGUUCACGUUGAGGACAAAUAACAAAACAAUGCGUGUCACUUAAAUUUCCUAUCUUCAAUCGUCCUCCUGAGAGAAUAAUUCAUCAAUUAAACCUUAAGCCAGAUAUACAGCGCUUCUUAAGAUUCGUAUCAUGCUUAUCAAUGUUUCAUUUUUUCAUUAUUAUACACUUCGGAUGGAGUAAGGACAAUAUCAGGGUGGCAUUUCAUCAACAUUUUCCUCUGACAAGUGGUCAGAGCUGACGACUCUCCUUGAUUUUCAAUUUCGGGCUGUGAAGCACAGUUCCUAUGGUAACAAGACUUGUCGGAUAAAACGUCUGACAAGCCCUCUCAUGAAACGCUCCCCAGAGCAUGUAUACACCAAAAAUUGCCUUGACAAGCCUUGACACCAACAAUUAAUUGACGACGUCAAUAUUUUGUUUAUCUUCUAAUCAAGCUAAUAGGCCUACCUGUAUAAAAUAUAUGCCUACGAUCUAAAAUCAUCGAAUUACUGGUAAGCUAGUCCUGUUUGGGAAAUAUAAAAACUCACGGAAAUGAGAUACGCUUAUCGUGUUCUGUAUCUGUCACAGCACUUUUUAUUUCCAUUCUCAUGGGGAUUUAAAUUAUACUACGCACACUAUACAGCUUACAUUGCAUAAAUAGUGAUAAUGAUGAUAAAGAUAAUUUUACUGACAAUUAUAAUGAUACUGAUGACGAUGAUUAUAUCAAUGACAAUAAUGAUAAUAAUAAUUAUAGUAAUGAUGUUAAUAAUGAUAAUGAUUAUAGUAACAAUGAUAAUAAUAAUAAUAGAAAUAGAAAUAAGAGUAAACAUUGAUGAAAAUGAUGAUGAUAAUAAUUAUAAUGAAAGUAUGACUUAUAAAGUCAUGAGACAUAACAACAAACCUAAUUUUGUUAUUAUGUGAUGUUAUUCUAGAAAUAGGGCGCCAAUUAGUGCAUAUUUUACGAGUUUGAUAUACAAGUUGUAAUUCUUCACGUGAUUCAACAUUCAUAUCGUUCAAAUCAAAGGAGUAAAUACAAACAUAGAAUAAAGAAUGCCCAGAACACACCUUACUAAACAGAACAAGCAAGGUAUGUAUAAAUAACAUAGAUUGUGAUAAUAAAAUGUUAUACACAAUGACAA